GUAUAGUAUAAAAAAAGGAAAUAAAGAAAAUUUGAUCUUCACUCCUAACAGAACUUGCCCACGCAGCAUUCGACUCCGAAUGGCAGAGAACGGACUGCGAGGACAAGGGGGCGGAGCUCUCCUUCCAAAGAACCGAAUUGCAGAGGCAACCAUUGAAGAUGGACCAGGAGGGGAGGACGGACGGCGGUGCGACUUCUGCAGCCAAUCUUAUGGUACCCAGAGAACUAACAACACCAGACUGGAACGGAGCAGGCUAUGGCGACCAGGUGGAUACUUUUGACCGCGACAGCCGCAGAGGUGACACCUCUCCCCAGACCAACUGGUCGGACCCACACAAGCGGCAGAAGCACCGACAACCGAAGAAGCACCCGUGCCGCUUCUGUCCUUACUCAUGCCCUUCCGCAACGGAUGUCGCCAUCCACGAGAGGACUCACACUGGCGAGAGACCCUUCAGUUGUGGUGCCUGCGAGAAAACAUUCACGAAGAAGGGUAACUUGACGGCUCACGUUAGAACUCACACCGGAGAGAAGCCGUUCAAGUGCAACACGUGCAGCAGGGCAUUUACUCAGAAAGGCAGUUUGGCGAACCAUGAGAGGACUCACACCGGAGAGAAGCCGUUCAAGUGCGAGACCUGCGGUAGAGCAUUUGCGUCUGAUAACGGUUUAAGCAAUCAUCGAAAGAUACAUCGCAAGUGAUCGAAACCCUCACGCGCAUCAUAGUUGUGAAAGGUGUUUAAACGAAAUACUCGAGCGCCGACAUGUGUUCAUAUCGUUUGGCGAUA